AUGUAUUACACAUUCAACGUCUUUCGGGGUUCUGAAAGUGGGAAAGUCAUUCAGGACCAGAUAACUCGUCCGCUGAAUUCGAACGAUGUUUUGCUUGAGGUAACCCAUGGAAGUCUCUGCGGCACUGAUGAACUCUACAUCCGUUCACCUCAAGUCCUUGGCCAUGAGGGCGCCGGCAUUGUGAAAGAGGGUGGGAUCAGUAUUGCUCAAGCAGACAGCCCUAUGGCCGUGGGGAUACCAAUCAAGGUGCCUUUGGGUCACAAGCAAUCUGGGACGCCGACUCCCUCAUUCCAAUUCCAGCAAAUUAUGGCUCUUCUGAUGCCGCCGCUAUCAUGUGUGGCGGAGCUACUGCUUGGUCGGUUUUGA